UGGCUGUCGGCCGCCCCGCCUCCGCUCCCUGGCGGGAGAAACCAUCUCCUCAGACAGGGGGAGGGGCGGGGCCGGCGCCCUCUUACACCGGAAGAGGAAGUCGGGCGCCAGAAGUGACGGGCAUUCUGGGUAGUGAACUGUUUACUUCCUGCGGUGUGGAGGCUGUGGCCGCGUCCCCAGCAGUUCUUCGUAUCCGAGAGGAUGGCCUUGGAGACUGUGCCCAAGGACCUGCGGCAUCUGCGAGCUUGUCUGCUGUGUUCGCUGGUUAAGACAAUAGACCAGUUUGAAUAUGAUGGUUGUGAUAAUUGUGAUGCAUACCUACAAAUGAAGGGUAAUCGAGAGAUGGUAUAUGACUGCACCAGCUCUUCCUUUGAUGGAAUCAUUGCAAUGAUGAGUCCAGAGGACAGCUGGGUCUCCAAGUGGCAGCGAGUCAGUAACUUUAAGCCAGGUGUAUAUGCAGUGUCAGUCACUGGUCGCCUGCCGCAAGGAAUCGUGCGGGAGCUGAAAAGUCGAGGAGUGGCCUACAAAUCCAGAGACACGGCUAUAAAGACCUAGCAAGAUGCAGGCUGCUAGCAUCUUUGCUCUCCACCUCCUUCCUCUGUUUUGUUGUUGUUGUUGAACUAAACAAACAGAACUUCAAAUACUCCUUGCCCUCCACUCUGAGAAUCAGCAGACCAUUGAGAGAGCAGCACAUCCUGUCUCUAGGCCAUUUCUGGGACUACUGGGUGGAGGUGGAGGGGUUGGGGCCGGAGGGUCCACAGAGACUGAAUUGAGGGGAGAGGAUGCCAGUUUUCCUGCCCAUGUCCAGGGCUGUGCCCUUGCCCAUGAGCAAUACUUUGGGUUAAAUUCCAAUUAACAUGAACCACUGGAAAAAUUCUUACCAUGACGCAUGGCUUGCCUCCCUCUCCCUUUUUCUUAGCUUGGCACAAUAAGGGCUCACUUGCCCAGUAAGCACCAUCCCAGCAUAGUAGAGUCUCUUCUGCUCUUGUCACCUGUCUCUGAGCCUCCAGGGGUGCAACCUUCCUAGUGUACUUGCUUGAGCUUCAUUGGAAGGUCUGCUGUUCUGAGGCACCGUAACCCCUCAGUGUAGUCCCAUAGUCUAGGGCUUAUAGCCUACUUUCUAGACCUGGCAUUAUCAGUCUCUCUUAAAAUCUUGAAGCUUCUUAGUGUUCUUCACCCCUUGACUUUGUUUCAUACUUCUUUUCCUUCUUUGUGUCUUUAUUUUUACUGAUCUUCCUAUACCUUUGGCCAGUUUCAUCAUUGUUUUACAUUCCCCUCUCUGGAGACCUUCCAGCCACAGGUGGCUGCUGGGUCUUGUCUGGGAGUUUGUGCUUCUGUGGGAAGUUGGCCUUUCCUUCUCUAGCUUGAUAGGGGGCUUUGGGUAACUGUUUUGGCCAAGGUGGGUUGUUUGUUUUAAAAUUUAAAAAAUUACCAUAAAUUUUUAUGUUUUUAAGCAUCCACAGAAAUCCUAUUACUAUCCCCAUUUCGAUUUAAGUUCAUCCAUAAAUGAGAGUGAUUAUACUCUAUUUACCUCAGGAUUCUUGUGCUCAGAAAUGAAGCAAUGUGCUGGGCUUGGUGACACAUGCCUGUAAUCCCAGCAACUCAGGAGGCUGAGGCAAGAGGAUUCCAGGUUCAAAGUCAGCCUCAGAAACUUGGACUGUAAACAGUCUAGCGAGAAGAGCUGGGGCUCGGGCUCAAAGGUUAGGCACCCUUGGGUACCAAAAAGAAAAAGAUGAAGCAAUGUGGAAAUUCUGUAACAAAUCUUAUAAAAGGUAAAAUUCCUGUUUUU